AUGGCCAAACUGGCCCCUAAGCAGUUCCUGCUGUUGGUCAGCAGAAAGCAGCUCGACCUCACCAAACCCAUUGAAGAUCAGGGUCCUUUGGAUGUGAUCAUACAUAAACUGACAGAUGUCAUCCUUGAAGCAGACCAGAAUGACAGCCAGUCAUUGGAGUUGGUUCACAGGUUCCAGGAGUAUAUUGAUGCUCAUCCAGAAACCAUUAUCCUGGACCCUCUUCCAGCUAUUCGUACGCUUCUGGACCGAUCCAAGUCUUACGAGCUAAUUCGGCAAAUAGAGGUGUACAUGCAAGAUGAGAGGAUCUGUUCACCACCCUUUAUGGAGCUGACAAGUGCCUGUGGAGAAGAUACUUUGCAGCUUAUAGAGAAGAAUGGACUGGCAUUCCCAUUCAUCUGUAAAACCAGAGUGGCCCAUGGAACCAACUCUCACGAGAUGGCAAUCAUCUUCAACCAAGAGGGCCUGAAAGCAGUGCGGCCCCCGUGCGUCAUUCAGAGCUUCAUCAAUCACAAUGCUGUGCUGUACAAGGUCUUCGUGGUUGGGGAAUCCUACACAGUGGUGAAAAGACCAUCUUUAAAGAACUUCUCUGCGGGUAUCUCAGACAGAGAAUCAAUAUUUUUCAACAGCCACAAUGUUUCAAAGCCAGAAUCCUCAUCUGUCCUAACAGCACUGGAUAAAAUCGAAGGAGUAUAUGAGCGGCCAAAUGACGACGUCAUCCGGGAAAUCUCUAAGGCUCUGCGGCAAGCUCUAGGAGUUUCCCUCUUUGGAAUUGAUAUCAUCAUUAACAAUCAGACUGGGCAGCACGCAGUCAUUGAUAUAAAUGCAUUCCCAGGUUACGAGGGUGUUUCGGAAUUUUUCACAGAUCUACUGAACCACAUAGCUGCUGUCCUACAGGGUCAGGCACCUGAGGGGAAUCAGCUAAACCGCAGCAAGCUCCUUGCAGAGCAGACCAGUGGGAUCAUGGAUGAGCGGAUAUGCUGCGCUGGCACAGGCUGUCUCAGCGUCAUGGGAAAAGACUCCUCCUGGAUUGUGGAAAGUGAGACCAACAGCUCAGUAAAAUUGCAACACCAGAGACUAGGCUGCAACUCGGCAGUGUCCCCCAGCUUCCAGCAGCACUGCGUUGCUACAUUGGCAACAAAAGCUUCUUCUCAAUAACUUGCCAAUGCCAUGGACUGAGAGAAAGCCACAGGGAUACAAUUUGUGGUCCCAGAACCAGAUCAGGCUAUAAUUAU